CUCUCCCCGGCAAACGGCAAGGCAGGGAAACCGCAUGAAACUUAAGAGGAAACUUAACGAGCCAUCAUUCUUCCCCCAGCUCCCAGCGGCUGAACGUCGGCGCUCCGAGCCUUUGAGACACCAGGCACCUUGAGUUUAGUUGGAGAGUUUCGAGGACAAAGACAAGGUGUGGAAGUCUCAAAAUGGCUGCCGGGUGUGUAAAGACUCUGAAAUAUAUGCUGUUCGUAUUCAACUUAUUAUUUUGGAUAUGUGGAUGCAUCAUCAUGGGGUUGGGGAUCUACAUGCUGAGCAUGAAGAGUGUUGGAGUCUUGCUCUCCAGCCUGCCUUCCCUCUCAGUGGCCAACAUACUCAUCAUCGUGGGAUCCAUCACCAUGGUGGUGGCUUUUGUGGGCUGCACAGGAGCCAUCAAGGAAAACAAAUGCUUGCUUCUGUCGUUCUUCAUCUUGCUCCUCCUGAUCCUUCUGACUGAGGUCAUAGUUGCUGUCAUCCUAUUCUUCCAUGAGAGCCAGAUAAACAAAUACAUUGAAGAAGAGACAACAAAGCAUUUGGAGGAGCUGCAAAACACCAAUAGCACUGAAAUGAGGGAAGUUUGGGAUACAAUCCAGGAGCAGUUGCAUUGUUGUGGCGUUAUGAACUAUACUGACUGGAAAGGUGACGUCCCCCAAUCUUGUUGUCGAUCCAAUAAACCCUGCACUGCCCCAAACUAUUGGGAGAAGGGUUGCUAUGGCCUGAUCCGCGACUGGUUUGAGAAAAACUUUAUGACCGUUGGAAUCAUCAUCAUCUGCACAUCAGUAAUCCAGGUACUGGGUAUGUCAUUUGCCAUGACACUGUACUGUCACAUAUGUAACAACUAUAAGUCAUAUGGCGACUGAGUCCGAUGUCGUCCCUCCCCAAGAGGGAUCCCCAGACCUUGGGAGUGUAACUGUGUGUGCCGUUGUAGACUCUGCUCUUCUGAAGACUUGCACUUUGCCUGUUUCCUGCCACCGUCAAUGAAUGUGCGAUGUAAUCUCGACUGUGUGAAGUUGGAACAUCGAUGGAUCACUGCAUUGGUGCCACCAGCCUAGUGCAUGCACGUUGCCUCCCACUCUCUCUCUAGCGCCUCUGCAUGGAACCAUACUCAACCAUACAUCACAAACUACCUGGUCUCUUGCUCCUUUGUAUUUUUUGAGAGAGCUAUAGCACCAAGGGCUUUGCAUUUCUACAUCUCAGCCUGGAAGAACAAUGGGCGGGUCCCUGUAUCUUCUCAGGAAAGACUUAACAUUACAUGGAAUGGCAUGGAUUGUGCAGCGCAGAAACAGGCCAUAUCUGAAUGUAUUCACCACAUCCAUCUUUACCAAUCCUUCUAGAUCUCUACAAUACCACCCCCUUUCUCCCUCAGGUUUCUUAAACUGCCCCUUAAAUGCAUCUGCAAAUGGACAUUUAAAUGCAAAUAGGCCUUUAUGGACUCCACCCUUCCUGAGGUCAUCUGUUGCCGGCCCAGUUUUGUUCUGGCCUUCUCUAUCUUUCAGUCCGAAGAAGGGUUCUGACCCGAAACGUCACCUAUUCCUUUUCUCCAGAGAUGCUGCCUGACCCGCUGAGUUACUCCGGCAUUUUGUGCCUAUCUUCGGUAUAAACCAGAUCUGAAGUUCCUUCUUACACUUGAAAUGCAUCUGUUCACCUCUGCUGAUGUCACGCAUUCUUCAUGGUAUAUCCCUUAUUUCCAUCUAGAUUCAAAUUCCAUGACAUUUGAAAUCAUCUUCCAUAACCCUGUUAAAUCUCUCCUUUCAGUCCAAUCUCGGUCAUAGAACAAAAGAUCCUCAGAUCAGGCCUUCAGGAAGGUUCCAAUCAAUUAAUUCACCCGUAUAAAUCUAUUAUUCACCUUCUCCGAUAUAUCCUUCAUUUAUAAUAUUAACUCUUCUAGGUGUGGUUUAACCAACAUUUUAUCUUUUGAUGUAACAUAAUGUGUUGCUUUUUGUUUUAAUCGGUCUCUUCAUUAACUUGCAUCUCUACAUUUAAUAAUCAGUAGAUUUAUGUCACAGAUCACUUUGCCCUCAGUUCACCAUUUCCACCCUUAUUUUCCAAAGAGUAUUUCUCAUUUUAUAUUAUUCCUAAUCAUAGCACCACCUUUGUUGUAGCAAAUUCUUAUUUACAUGGCCGUUCCAAAAAUGUAUCUCCAAGCCGCAGCAAAAGAAACCACAGGCCUAGCCAUUCGAGGGUUAAUAACCAUCUUUGAGAAAGGGCUAACCUUCCAUGUGCUUUUGCGACUACGUUUGCAUUUAGAUUUGGUUCUUUCAAACUCCUUUUGUUUCCUUUGGGGAACAGAGUACUUUGAUGAUUCCAAUGCAGAAUGGUUAUGUUUCAUUCACAUUAACCAUAAAGAACUUUGAAAUAACUGUUGCAAAUUGCUUUAUUUUAUGUAUAUAAUGCGCCUGAAUCAUUUGGAAAUGUUGAUUUGAUUGUAAAACCUUACCCUGAUUGUUUGGUGACAACAGAAUCAGAAAGAUGCCUCCCUACUUGAAAUGUUUACUUUAGCUAUUCUCCAGCAUUUUUGUCUACCUUCUGAUGCAGAGUAGUUAUGUUUCAUUCAACUGCAGGAUAAGUUGAAUGUUUUCAUUGUAUAAUUCUACUCGUACAAAUGCAGUGAAAAGUAUUUUAGUUUUAGUGUAGUUUAUCAUUGGCAAAUGCACUAAGGUACAGUGAAAAGCUUUUUUGUUGCGUGCUCUCCAGUCAGUGAAAAGACUAUACAUUAUUACAAUCAGACCGUCCACAGUGUAGCAUUUCACAUGUUUAUUUGGAAUGUACAGCAUUUACAACUCAAUAAUUGAAAAUAAAUGUAAUACUUUUCCAU